AAAUAGAGCGCGAGCGGAUCGGAGCGGCGCAGAACGCUGCUGGGCUUCUAGAACGCACAUGGAACGAUCACAGACAGAUCAAACGGAGGAGUUUCGCGGGAAAAUAGAGUCAGAAUGGUCUAUAGCCAGGCUUUGGUGCUCGGGUACGGCCUGUCGGUCGGAGCUGAGGAGGAUAACCUAGCAGAUCUGCUGAAGAAGUUCUUCAGGCUGGAUAAGGAAGGCUGGGGAACCCGGAGUACACUAACUAAAGCCACCAGCUCAUCCAGUCUUUCCUCUGAGAGUAGCUGGGAGGAGGAUGAGGAUGACAUGGCCUGUCUGAAACUGGAUUUGAUCAAGCAAAUUGAGAGUUGCUUGGUUUCUGCUAAGGCUGUAAGUCUGAGCUGCCGGGAGCUGCUUCUUCCGGCCGGGAUGACCACACGGGUGGCUGGGGAUCUGCUCCGGGCCUCUGGAGAUGAGCCGUGCGGCCUGCGGGGCGCCGUCAUCCACCUCUUCUUGGAAAACAAGAGCGGUGUGCAGAAACUGGGCACCAUUACAGCCGACCAGAGCCUCACUCCAACCUUUGAGCUGUCUGUGGUGUUCAGGGAAGACCCUGACGGCUGGCCACCCCUCCGGCACCUGCUGGGGACUGAAGGAGCUGUGAGGCUAAGGGCCAAGUACAGGCUGAUUAAGAGGAAGCUGUAUUCCUCUGCUAGUCCGAUUGUGAUGGACUGUUGCUGAUCUGGAGUCUACAAACGAGUUACAAACCACUUUUUUUUUUACAUGUUGUAUGAUUUUGCACGUAGCUGUUUAGUUUAUUAACUAUAUAUUAGGACUUCUGCUGAUAGGAAGUCAAAUCUAGUGUAGUAUAAAGGCUAAGAAAAAGGAAAUGAUUUAUUUUGACUGAUUUAGGAGGUAGGAAAAUGGAGUUACAUGCCUUUUUGCACAUUUCUGCUGGGUUAAUUUAAUAUAUGUCCUAUGUAUAGACUACUGAUGAGAACCUACACUACUAUAGCGUACAACUUUAACACACCUGAACUAAUGAACCUAACGGUUGCAUUUCAGGGCUGCGUUUCCAAAUCUAGGCUGCAAUAUAUAGAAAUAAAAGCACACUUUUUUUUUUAAGCAGAUCACCACAAAGCCCUGUUAGUCUGUUCCUAAUAUGAGACUAAUGGGCUACAGAGAAAAAGUCAUCAUAUGACCUCAACUGCAACCAAUACAGAUGUUUUGCUGUAGCCUGGGACAGUGCAAUAGUUCAGACUCACCCAGGGCUUCAGAGGACAAAUUUAGGAACCACUGCUACAUAGAACCCAAGCUGAGAACCACUGGUAAAAGAAUGAUGAAUGUAGGAAUUGAAUUUGUAUCAUAUGUUUAAGCAAGGAUAUUUUACAAUGCAUUUUGCACAUUGUUGUUUAAGUCAGUGUAUUUAGUUGUCUUAUUUAUGAUGGAAAUGAAUGUACUUUGUUGGCCAACACUACUGUAUUACUUUGUUUACAGUUUGAAAUGUUCACGUGGAGUUGUUGUUGUUGUUGUUGUUGUUUGUUUAUGGAGACUGGAAGACAUCUGUAUUUAAUUAUUUAACAUUUGUGGGAAUGUCAAAGUUGCGGAGGUAAGCUGGACUUGUCUCCAAAUAACAAUGUUUUCUACUUGUCAGUAUUUUCUAAGCCUAAUAAAAAAUACUAAAAUGA